AUGACAUUGAUGAGCAAAAACCAGCAGAAGAUAUUUAUGAAAAGAUAUAUGAGGGGUAGUCGAGGUGUGGGAAGGUGUGAGAGAUGGCAGAAGCGAUACUAUUCCACGACAAGUGGGAACAUCUCACAAACUCCAGACUUUAGUAAGUACUUUCCUACUACUCCUAUUGCGGAACUGACGACGUAUAUUAGUCCUACACUAAGUGCGUACCCCAGAAAGUCCAAAUACGUAAACCAACAACACUAUUAUCAUAAUAAGGAGAUACUUAUUGAGAAAUAUCUGCAGCGGAAGCCACAUGCCGUGUCUUUAAAGCAGUUAGCGCAAUAUUAUGAUGACUCGAACAAGUUGACUAAACAGAAGGUGAUUAAUUCGGGGCAGUUUGCGAAGGAUGAGUUAGUUGUUCGGAUGGCGCAUAAAUUGAAGCAGUUACAAGAUCUACCAUUUAAUGUGGUGAAUAACUUCCAUUUUGUGCAGGUAUAUGAGUCUUAUUAUAAUAUAUUUGAACGGUUCAGGAAAUUUCCUGCCAUCAGGACUUUGGAGGAUAAUAGAAGGUUUGCGGAAUUUUUGUGUAUGAUAUUGAGUGAUUUUAAUAGUCUUAAUCUCCCGCACUUAAUCAUGGGGGCACUGGAAUGUAGGAUACUUGAUCUUUAUCCUCAGAAGCAAAUGGAUGAGUUGAUCUCCAGUUUCUUAAGAGCACGAAUCUCAAGGCGGCUAAUUGUGGAAGAACAUCUAAGUGUUACGUCGAACUACAUGAGUGGGAAGGAGGAGAACACGUUGGUUUUAGGCGACAUUAUUCAAAAUUGCAGUGCUAAGAAAUACCUCCUAGAUGCUUCAAAGAUGUGUGAAAAUUUCAUUAAAGAUAUGUUUUAUGAUGGAAUUCCGCUGCCGGAGUUUAUAAUCGACGGGGAUGUCGAUCUUAACUUCUAUUUCCUUCCAACACAUCUGGAAUACCUCCUGGUGGAAUGUCUCAGAAACAGCUACGAGGCCACCAUUAAACAGUACAUCAGGCUCGGCCUUCCGAAGCCCCAUCCUAUCGUCGUCACUGUCGUGGAAAAUGAAAAUAGUUUUCUGUUCAGAAUCAGUGACCGUGGAGGCGGGAUACUUCACGAUGAUAAAACCAUCUGGUCCUUUGGAAAAUCAAAGGAGCUCUCCAUGCAGUCGCUAGAAAACUUCCACAAACUACCGGGUGUUCAAACAAUCUCAAUCUACGACCACCUCUACGAGACAGAUUUCAACAGUUCUGACUUAGACCUUGCCUUUGGCAAGCUCAAGUACACCUCCCUCCAAUCAAUGAACGAAACAAACCUCAAAAAGGGCCGCUAUAAAGUCAACAGACCCCUCCUGAACCUCCUCGGCAGACCAUUUCGCUACAAGCUUGGAAUCGGCCUCGCUAUGUGCAAAGUCUACGCAGAAUAUUGGAACGGUGAUCUUACGGUCCACUCCAUACAGGGUUACGGCACAGACACCGUUCUGAAACUCGGAAACCUGAUGUACCACACUGACAGGCUGCAGCUCGACAAGGUAUAA